AUGGGUAACACAGAUUCAACCUUAAACGCUUAUAAAAGCCAUGUCUUGCAAUUAAGCCAGCAAGACAUUAUACCAAUUUAUAAAAAUAAAUAUACCACUGCAACCAAAGAAACAUCAGAAUCUAUUGCUAUAAUAGAGGAGAAAGUUGAGCUUGAUACCAACCCAAACUCAAACAUUCAUGAUGAAGAUCCUUACUCUGAUUUUUACAAUUUCAUAGUAGACAACUCCCAAAUACAUUGCACUGAUAUUUUUCACCACAUUUGUACUAGCAAUGAAGUAAGGUUUAUCUAUAUCUCAAAUAAACACAAUUUUAUGAAUUUAUUAAGGUUUUUGUGCUUUAAAAUCUGUUUUAUUACCGACAGGUUGACAGAUACCAAGACCAAUACAAGCAGUACUGGCAUUAACCAAACAAAACAAAGAUUUCAUCACUCAAUUAAAGUGCUACUAAACUGUAUACGUAUUUUAACAAAGUUACUCCCUAUUUUUUAUGAAAAUUGCCAAGCCGGUACUGAUGAGAAAGAAACCAAUAAUUAUUGUGAUUAUGAAAAAAGUAUAUUUUGGAAUUCUGGCUCAACUGAACACCUUAAUAAUAAAACUAAUGAAUUGAAUAGUACCUUGGCUACGGUGGGAAGCAAACCCACUGACACGGGUACUACGACCUCCAGUGAUAACAUUGAUCCACUUGAUGCCAAAGCUCAAGACAUAUCGUCGUUAAAAGUCGAAAUCAACUAUAACCAGAGACACACCUUUGAUUCUUUAAAUGUUGAUAUAGACACAAAUCAAGCAAGUAAGAAAUUGGCCACUCCAUUGGGGGUCACUUUAUUAAGCUGCUGUUUAAAAUUAUUAUUUUUAGAAGGGUUUAGUUUAGUACCAGCGCAUAAUAACGGUACCUCUACAACUAUCGGAUGUGUUUCAUUUGUAAUGUGGGAAAAUGGAAUUGGCGAUAUACCAGACAACUCCAAAAAAGAAAAUGGUACUAACUCAUUAGAUACCUCUAUAGAAUAUGUCACACAGCAUCCUAAGUUGGAUUCCAACAGGUUAGAGAUUUUAAGACUACUCAUAACUUUGUGUUCAAAACCAUUGUAUAGUGAACUUGAAGCUACUGAUAAUAAAAAGAUCGACAAUAAAUUCUUGGCAGUAUUAUGUUGUUUGAUGCCGGAAUAUUUAUCUAUUUAUCUUUUAGCUUCUUUAAUUAAUGUGGUUUGUAGGAGUUGUAGAGAUUCCGACGAGAAUAACGGGCUAACUUAUUCCAAUAUUUUCAAUGUGCAGAGUUAUUCGUCGUAUUCAGAUGAGAAUUCUGGUACCGCUAAUGCAUCCUCUUCUGUGCCCUCUUCCAUAUCAUCAAAUACCACUGGUCAUAUUAACAGCGAUACCGGCACAGAUCUCCACGAAUGGAGCUCCAAAAUGGCUGAAGAAAGCUUACUUAAUACUGAUACUGGUAAGGCAAUUAGCAGCAAUAGCUCAUCUUAUCACGAUGACAAAUUAGCAUUAAAAUUAAGGAAGGAAUUGAUUACAAAUGCAUUGGAACUGUUAAAUUUAUACUUUCAAUUUGACCCAAAUUCCUUAUCUGUGGAAUUUAAGGAGUUUUUGUUUGAAUAUUUGGACGUUAGCACUGUAUCUUUGACAAACGUGGCGCACAGAUAUUUUAGCACCAUUAAAAAGGACUUUGAUUUUAAAUUGAUUUUGGUUUCAUUUGUUAAAUUAUAUAAAAAGCCUUUGGAUCUAAUGGCUGAAUCUGACUCGAAUCUUUUUUCCUUAAAUAACAAAAGAGUUUCAUUUUUAGAUUUUUUUUCGUACAAUGCGGAAGGAGACAGUUCAGAAGAAUAUAACAACGGUACUUCUAAUGGUGCCAAAAAUAACAACAAUAACAAUAACAACAACAACAACAACAACAACAACAACAACCACAACAACAACAGUAACAGUAACAGCAACAGCAACAACAAUACCAACUCUACUACUACUACCGCGACCAAUACCAAUGUGCAGAGCGGUAACGAUUUUACAGAUAAUGCCAAUGGUCACAAGGGCAAUAAUGAUCUUCCUCCGAUUUCCGAUUUAUCAUUGCAGUUAAUAACUUUACUUUGGUCCUUUAUGAAAUGCAAUAAAUCUUUUGAACAUUUUGUUGCUGAUAAAUAUGCAAACAAGUUAAUCAUAAUAUCCAUUUAUUAUAUGAAAUUUUAUUCAAGUCAGCCAUUGGUUAAUUCUACGUUUAUUCCAAUCGUUUCUGGAUUUGCCGUAUAUUUGUCAUCCAAUAAGUUAGUUUUGUUUAAGAUGAUGUCAUAUUUUAGCCCCAAAUAUUAUACGGACAAAAUUCCUAAUGCUUUUAAAAUCAGCACUAACAACAUCAGCACCAUAACCUAUCGUGACUUUUCAAUUAUUCAUUUAUGCAAGCUUGCCAUUAAAGACAUUAUUAAGAACUUUGCACCUCGCCCCUAUGUUUACGAGCUAAUAUACAAUUUACUACUUUGCACGCCAGAAGCCUUGAAAAUCGAUAAAGAUGAUAAUUUUGUCCCCUUAUCAUCUACCAAGAAUGGGAAUUAUUCGUUUGGAAUUAGCUAUGGGGCUUCAAUACAAGUUUUACAAUUGAUUCUAAAAUCUAGUACUAAAAGCUAUUUAUCCUCUUUCCCCUGUAACAAGCCUUCAUAUAUGGGAAAUUAUACGACUUCCAACGACACGGAUCUACUUUUAUUCUCUGGAAACCGUUUAUCUUCAACAGGUGCUGGUAUGAAUAACAAUAUCGGCAAUAAUAACAUUAAAAGACGAACCUUCACCACUCAACUUUCGGGUGCUAAUAAUAAUGCUAACGCCUUACCGCUUUCAAGGGUGAACACAAAUGGAAGUAUUACUGGGACCACCCAUAGUGCUCCAAACGCAGCUGCCACCAAUAAUAACUCUAGUAGUGGUAUUAAAACUACAGGUGGACUGAAUCACAGUAUGACCCCAUAUAUAUACACACCAGCUGCUAAACUAGAUUAUUUAGGGCUAGUUUUAAGAGGGUUGGCCUUUGGAAUUGUUCAUUAUUUUGCAGAUUUUAAACAUAUGAUUUUUAUAUUAUGCAAGCAUGGGAAAGUCUUAGUUUAUUUGAAAUCUGUUAUUGAUACGUUUACAGAUUGCUUCUUCAGUAAGAACUUGCCAAAAUCGGGUUUAAAUCCCAAAGGUACUCAAACAAAUAAUACUAAUAAUACAAAUAAGACGGGGACUACUCCUAUUACCAAAUCUGUAGAUGAUUUACCUGAUUUAAGAAUUGAAGAUUUUCUGUUUGAUGAAGGUGAUUGUAUUGAAGGAUUGAAUACCUUUUUCAAUUACAAAAAUACCAGUACACCCUCUUUUGAACAUAACCCUGAGAAUACUAUUAAUAAAGAUUCAAAAACUUUUACAGAUAAUAACCGUCGUACCACUUCAGUUUGCUCUACUUUAAGUUUAAAUUCGCAGCAAAAUAGGAAACCUAAAAAGAUAGGCAGCGCGGUAUUUUUACGUGAUCAUUUAGACUAUAGUUAUCAUCCAGAGUUAGAGAAUAAUGCAGUAUUUUUUGCCACAACUGCUAAGAUGCCUAUUGGAUUAACUAGAAAAUUAAGGGGAAAACUAAUUAUUAAAACUUCAGAUAAUAAUUCCUUGUUUUUGAACUCUUUUGUUCCAACUCGCUUUACCGGGGAACUUUAUAGUAAUAAUCCUAACAAAUCAGAGUCUUUUAUUAGUUGGUUUUUGGCCUAUCCUUAUUUAUUGUUAUUAAUAAAGUUGACUGAGCACUUAAACAAAAAAUUCCCUACAUUACCUAAUGUUCAAGCUUCAGAUUACUUUAAUGUGUUGUUGAAGAUAAUAGAUUUCAAGCGUAAUUGUUUAGAUUAUUUGGAAACGUAUGUUCCUGUUGAGUUCACUAUUAAGCCGUAUUUCCGCCCAUUAAAAAUAGAAUUAUGGGACGGAGGAAUAGGGUCUCAAUGGCUUCAAAGCGUAUUGUGGGCAGAUAUUUUUGAUAAGAAUAGUUUUGAAUACAGUUUCAACGAAGAAGAUGAAAAUUUAGAGAGUUUGAACGUCCCAACUAAUGGCGGUAGCAGUAGUAAUAUAGAGGAGACUGGAUUGCAAUCACCUUUGCUAGAAAGAUGGACCUCACACAAUUCUACAAUGAGUACCUUGAGCAGAACAAAUAGUAACACAAGUUCUAUAAAUAGUUAUUAUGUUAAUGGCCGUGAUGAUGCCAGUGUCCUGUCUACCAAAAGUAAUAAUGUUUGUUCCACUGCACUGAUUGAUAAUAAUCAUACCAAUACGAACAACGAUGAGAAAAUUUCACAUAAUGUAUCUUCUGACACAUCGAAUAACAUAAAAAAUACAGGCAUCACCACCAAUAAUAAUAAUAAUAAUAAUAAUAAUAAUAAUAAUAAUAAUAAUAAUAAUAAUAAUAAUAAUAAUAAUAAUAAUAAUAAUAAUAGUAACAACGGUAACGUAAAUAAUGAGACUGUUAUGAGAUUUAACAAUCAUUCAAGGAAAUCUAGCGCGGGUAGUUUGAAUCAUCUGGGUCACAGACAUUAUAGUGGAAGUGCUGCUAACCAUACUAAGCAUAGUGUUACCCCUAAUACUGGGAAAAAAAUGUAUUCUGCAUCUUUAAAUAAUAAUAGUAAUACUGCUACUUCUGAGCACAAAACUGUUUCUGCUAACACUAGUCAUUCUUCUUCGGCAAAUUCUUCGACUUCAUCAUUUUUUAAUUUUUCGUGGAUUAGGAAAGAUGAUUCCAGGAAAGUAAGUAACAGCAAUAUUAAUUCUCCGCACACUAGACAAAACCCAAAAAUGAGUAAUUCAAGGCAGUCAUUGCAAAGCAGUACUACGACUUCCAAUAAUAAAAAGAAAAUCAGAGUAGUUAUUGAUGAAGGUGUAUUAAAACCAAAUGUUUGGGUUGACACCAAUAUUAAGAUGUUUAGGAUAACUCGUAACGAGAGGGAAGAAUUUUCAUUUAUGGAUAUGACUUCGUCAUUUUUAAAGAAGUUUAGAUUUGGUAAUAGUAAUAAUAAUGUAAAUGCUACAGCCUCCGCUCAUAAUACUUCUAGCACUAGUUAUAAUAGUGCGAAUUUAAUUAGAUUAAAUAGUAGUUCUUCAAACUUAGAUGAAGGAGAUGAUACCUCAAGUCUUUUAAGUAUUACACCGAUCAAUUCAAGAUCGAGUUCGAGACCAAAUUUAAAUGUUACCAUCAAUACCAAUGCCAAUACCAAGAACAUCAAUAGUACCAAUAAUAAUAAUAAUAACACCUGGACACCAAGAAAUAGUGUAAGUAGUAUAUCUUCUUCUCCUAUUGUUCGUAACAGAUGA